AUGCCCUUCCGGCUCUCUGCCCUUGUGGCCCUCCUCGCGGCUUUACCCGCGGCCACCGUACUCGGUGGACAAAUCCCGCUCGUCAACGGUGCGUAUGGUGGGGUGCGCCCGCUGAACGCCGUCGAUGCCAUACUCGCCGACGUCACGCCCCUUGCGACCACCCCCGGCAAACUUCGGGUUGUCGAGAACAGCGGAGUCUGCGAAACCACCAAGGGUGUGUACCAGGCAUCUGGUUACGGCGACCUCACUUCGAAAGAGAGCAUUUGGUUCUGGUUCUUCGAGUCUCGCAGUAACCCCGAAACCGCGCCACUUUCCAUUUGGCUCAACGGCGGGCCGGGAAGUUCUAGCAUGAUCGGUCUCUUUCAGGAGAAUGGCCCUUGCAGGAUCAACAAUGACAGCGCCGACGUUUCGCUCAACCCUAAUUCGUGGAAUGAGGUGUCGAACAUGCUUUACAUCGACCAACCGGUCGGCGUCGGCUUCUCGCACGGGACCACAACUGUCGGCACGUCGGAAGAAGCUGCGUCGGACGUGUGGAAGUUCCUCCAGAUCUUCUUUGCCGACUCCCGGUUCUCCAAGUAUCAGAAGAACGACUUCGCGAUUUGGACCGAGUCGUACGGCGGCCACUACGGUCCCACCUUCGCGGCAUACUUCCUUUCGCAGAAUAAGGCCAUUGCGAACGGCACCGUCUCUGGUGUCCCCAUUAACCUCAAGUUCCUCGGUGUCGGUGAUGGUCUGACUGACCCACUCAACCAGUACCCUGGUUACAUCUCUUACGCUGCCUCCAACCCCUACCACGCCCUCGUCUCGUCCUCCACUAUCUCGAGCGCGAACAAGUCCUGGACGCGCUCCGGCGGCUGCCGCGACCAGAUCACGUCCUGCUACAACACCGGGUCUGAGACGACGUGCUCGAACGCGCAGAGCUUCUGCAACAACGAUAUCCUCUCUCCGCUCGCGGGCAACUACGACGUCUACUACGUCCUCACCAAGAACCCGGACCCGUACCCGCCCGACAUCACGGACUACCUCCAGUCCGCGGCGCUGAUGAAGAAGAUCGGGGCCGAGUCGACGUGGCAGGAGACGAGCGACGACGUGUACUCCAACUUCGCGGACACGGGCGACUGGAUGCACAACUCGCGGCCGUACCUCGAGACCGUGAUCGACGCCGGGGUGCGCACGAUCGUGUACGACGGCGACGCGGACUUCAUCCUCAACUUCCACGGCGUCGAGGCGAUGGUCGACGCGCUCCAGACGCAGUUCACGGACGAGUACGCGCAGCAGGAGUUCGCGAACUACACCGUCAAGGGCCAGUCGACCGGGGUCUUCAAGAACGCGGGCACGUUCUCGUACGUGCGCAUCUUUGGAGCUGGCCACGAGGUCCCUGCGUAUACUCACGGGUCGCUGAGUGUUGGAGAGGCGGCGCUCCAGAUGUUCUCGCAGAUCAUGAGCAACAGCUCGCUGAAAUCGACGUGA